GGCCAGGCGCCCAGGGCCAAGGCAGAGCCGGGGAGCUGCCGCCAGGUCCGCUGUGGGUCCACGCCGCCCGCCGCGCCGCCCGCCAGCCCAGCGUCCCCAGCCGCCGCCGCCGCCAUGGGAGUGCAGGUGGAGACCAUCUCCCCCGGAGACGGGCGCACCUUCCCGAAGCGCGGCCAGACCUGCGUGGUGCACUACACGGGGAUGCUUGAAGAUGGAAAGAAAUUUGAUUCCUCCCGGGACAGGAACAAGCCCUUUAAGUUUAUGCUAGGCAAGCAGGAGGUGAUCCGAGGCUGGGAAGAAGGGGUUGCCCAGAUGAGUGUGGGUCAGAGAGCCAAACUGACCAUCUCCCCAGACUACGCCUACGGUGCCACCGGCCACCCAGGCAUCAUCCCACCGAAUGCCACCCUCGUCUUUGACGUGGAGCUUCUGAAACUGGAAUGACAGGGACAGCCCCCCUCGAGCCCCCUGCGCCCCGUUCUUGGAUGUGCCGUGGAGGGAUGUGGCGCCUCCAGAUGCGCACACGCGAAUCCGUAUGGAGCUUUUCCUGAUGUUCCACUACACUCUUUGUAUAAACAUCGACCCCGACUGAAUGUGUUGUCACCCGGCUUCGCUCUUUCCCUUUCUCCUCGUAUGUGUGUUGACCUAAACUAUCUGCCGUAAACCUCAAGUUACUCAUUUUAUUUCGUUUUCGUUUUGGGGUGAAGGUUCAGUUUCAGUCUUUUGGAUCUAGGUUUCCACUUAAGUAUUAGUCAAGUAUUAACAGCACAAGUAAUGGGUUAAUUUUAGAAUAGGAAUUGGUGGGGGUGGGGGGGGGGUUGCAAGAAUCUUUAUUUUAUUUUAUUUUUUUUUUUUGGAUGAAAUUUUUAUCUAUUAUAUAUUAAACAUUCUUGCUGCUGCGCUGCAAAGCCAUAGCAGAUUUGAGGCGCUGUCGAGGGCCGAAUUAUCUCCAAGUUGAGAGAUGUCCUUGGGUUGAAUUAAAAGCCCUACCCAAAACUGAAAUGGGGAGGGGGAGGAGAGCCUUUGCCUCCACUGCCCUGCCCCACCCUCCCCUUAAACCCUCUGCCUUUUGGAAGCAGAUGGUUCUCACUGCGAUAUUGGACACUACAGGUAUCUGUCCCCAGGCCAGCAGGGACCUCUGAAGCCUUCUUCGUGGCCUGGCUUCCCCCCACCCCCCCACCCCCGCCCCUCCAUCCUGUGGUUUUUCUAACGGAUAUUCAGGACUUUUGUAAUCUCAUAGCUAUCCAAGCUCCACUUCCUAAAUUUUAAGAAACUUUAAUCGAAAGUUUAAAUUGAAGGUGCUGUUUGUAGACACUUAACACCCGAUGAAAGCCCAGCCAUCAUGACAAACCCUUGAGUGUUGUCUUGAGAAAAAUGAUGCUGGUCAUCACAGCUUCAGCAUCUCCUGGUUUUUGAUGUGCAGCAUUGAUGUUCAGCUCCCCCUGCUGAUCUCAGAGUUUCCUGCCUUUUCCUCCCCCCUCUCACCCCUUUGCUGUCCUGUGUAGUGAUUUGGUGAGAGAAAUUAUUGCUGCCUAUCCCCCACCCCCACCUCCCUGCACUAUGUAUAAGUUCCAAGUUUUAUUAUUGCAAUAAAAGUGCUUUAUGCUGGCUUUUCUCA